AUGGCGGCAGCACCCGUGGCCGCCGGGUCACCCAUGGAGGUGGCUGCGGACGACGGGUUUCAGCAUGAAGAUCAGCCUCAGGAUACGGCCGUACAGGAAGAGCCGGAGGAAUCCGCACCCCAGCCCAAGCUUCGUGUUGUCAUGAUUGUCGAUAAAACGCAUACCCAGGCAUUCAAAGACAUUAUCAGCGAUACCGUGGCCAGGUUCAGCGACAUGCAGCUCACCUUUGUCGACCUGGGUCCGCUGGACUACGGCAAAAAGGAUGAGCGCACCCUUGUGUACAACAACGACAUCCUUCUCGCUGACAUCAGCAAUGACGAGACUCGGGCCAACCUACUGUACUUUAUCAACGUUCGCCUUUCACGACCCGGUGCCAAUGUCGCCACCCUCUGUGAUGUCAAGCACGGCGCCUACAUCAAGACCUUGGCAAAGAAGCAAGAGCACAUGGUCAUUGAGUACCACCCAAAAGACAUUGCGACCUCCGAGAGCCAGGCGGCACGAAAGCUCUCCGACGUGUUAUACCGUUAUUUGCAAAGCUGCUCCGCCCAGAGCCCCGACGAUAUCCAGCGCCUAUUCCUGCACCGCGUCCAAGAGCUGGGUCAGGUGGAUGCCACCUAUUAUCAAGACAAACUCGAUAGGUUAUGUACCGAGUUUGAUGAAAAUGAAGAGUUGAUGGAGGCCAACAUCCUCCACGCGCUCACCUUGGCCUUGCGCGACGCCAAGCGCUACGACAAGAUCAUCGAGCUCUUUGACGCCAAGGAGAAGGCACUCGGCUUGAAGGUUCCCAAAGCGAGCAUGAUUGUGACAGAACUGCAAACCCUUUAUGCAACUGCGCACAUUCGCAAGCCAGAGCCCGAUCUGGAAAAGGCCCGUGAUGUCAUGGAAGAACUGGUUCUGGUGGGCGAAGAAGAGCGCACGUGUGACGUCAUUAGCAUGAUGGGCCGCAUCUAUAAAGACAUGUACAGCCGCGACCAAGGCGAUGAGGAAGCUGCCCGCAAGGCCCUAGAUCUAGCUAUCAAGUGGUAUGGCAAGGCCUAUCAGCUCGACAAGAGUGCAUAUCCCGCCAUCAAUCUGGCCUCGCUCUUGUACAUUAGUGGCAAGCGUGUGCAUCGCGACGAGCAGCUCAAGGAGCUUUGUGAUCAAUUGAGCAUUCUCAUGGGGAGCAAGGUAGGCCCUUCGUCAGGCUUGUUCCUAGUGAUUUUGGCCAUGAUCCACGUUCUUUUUGACGGUCUAGAAUGCCUGCUCAUGUUCGGUCCGAUCGACUUUGCAUCGCAGGGAGACUUGGGUGACAUUGCUGAUUACUGGGACGUGGCCACCUGGUUUGAGCUCAAUCUGAUCAAAGAGGCGUUUCAUAACUGCAUGCGCGCGGCUGUCCACAUGUUCAAGCUGGCCCCACCUUCCUUUGCCCUUCAAUCUACGCUGGCCAAUUGCAAGUUGAUCCAAAGCAGUCGAUGCAAGUUUGCCUCCUCAGCUGCCUCACGGCUCGACUUUGGGAUUUGUUGUUUGUCGGGCGGGCGCGAUGAUUUCGCAGCGACGAUGAACAGAUCAACCUACCUCGUCGAAGAGCGCAAACGCAGUUUCAGCUCCUCUCACGAUGGCGGUGUCAAGUCGAUCUCUGAAAAGCGUGCCAUGCACGUCGUUUUUAUUCAUGGCAAGGUCACGGAUGAACAGCAGUAUCAGAUCUGCGAGCUGAACCUCAAGGAGAACGAUGAAGGCACUCUUGAAAAAAUACUCUUGUCAAACCAAACCAUUGUUGAGAAAGAUGAUCAUACCAUCGAAUCGGCCACCUUUGCCAAUGGGGAAACCAUCAUGGAUGUCAAGGACGUGCUACAGGACCACAUUGACGUCUUGCAGCUUCAACGGGUGACGCGUAAUGAGCACCUUAAAUAUGCUUCACUGCACAUUACUACUCGUUCGUACGAGUAUCGCCUGGUCUUUCCGAGCUUGGCAUACCGUGACAGCAUCUUUGAGCAGCUCGUUCCUUUCACCCCGGAAGAGGCUCGAGCGCCUCGUGUUGAGUUUGAUAUCAAAGAGCCGUGGGACUUUAUGUCAAACCGAGACCAAAAGCGCAUCAUGCUGGGCAAGGGUGGUUAUGGCGCAGUGUUCAAAGGCACAUUCGGCAAGUUGAAGACCCCGGUGGCAAUCAAGGUCAUUCCACUCGCGGGCAAGGACAUGUUUGAUCGCAAAAACCAUUUGGAGGAAGCGCGACGUCAUCAAACGUGGAGUCAUCGCAACAUCAUCAAAUCCCUGGGUUCGGUCGUGAAGACAAACGAUCUGCACAUUCUCAUGGAAUACAUUCCUGGCGGCUCCCUGCAAGAUUUGUGCAGCAUGCAGAGCACCCGGCGGUUGCUGCGCAUGAACCUGCAGCACGCGCAACGUAUAACGCGCCAACUUGUUGAGGGCCUCGAUUAUUUGCACAAGUCCGAUGUGCUGCAUCGCGACAUCAAGCCUGACAACGCCUUGAUCAACAUGUAUAACGGCAUGGUGAAACUGAUUGAUUUUGGCCUAUCCGUCUCCCUUGGCGGCGUGCACAGCCGUCAUCGAGAUGUCACAGGCACUCUUCGUUACAUGGCGCCCGAGCGCAUCAACAGCAUGCGCGGCUACAACAAGUCGGCAGACAUUUGGAGCAUUGGCUGUACCGUGCUGCAGCUGCAGACCGGUGCCAUGCCCUAUGCCGAAGUCGGACAAAACGGCUUGUUUGUCUUGAGGAUGAAAAGUGAGAAUCAGGUGCCGACGAUUCCGGCAGAUACUCCAGAGUUGUUGAAAAACUUUGUCUGCUGCUGCCUCAAGGUCAAUCCUGAUGAGCGCCUUUCGACCACGGAGCUGCUCGAGGACCCCUUCAUCAGGGAUCAUCAUCUGCCACCAGAGCUGAUGGCAGAUGAUCCGACGACUCGAAAGACACAGCUUCGGGCAAUGCAUGAGCUGUUGCACAAGUGCAUCGAGGAUCGCCAAAGCGGGUUGCUGCAGACCUGGCUCACCACGAUGACGCAAAAGACGGGCAUCACGGAAGCAGGCAGCGUCCGUCCGCUGACGCAGGACUGCGGCAAGCGCCUGCUCGAGGCACUGCGAGAGCAUCAACUGAGAAACGACCACCUGCACACCAAGCGUAAACUCGCACUUUCGCCCGAAACAGAGGAUCUGGACCUGAUUCAGGCGUCUGUGCCCGUGUUGAAGGAGACCAUUUUGAAUGAGUUGGUGGAUUAUUUGGUGGAGAACAAGAAGGUGGAUUUUGCACCUCACUCGUUCAUGCUCAUUGAGCAUGACCUGGAUGAGACUCUGGAGACAUUGGAGCAGAUUAUAGCGCAGCAGUCGGCCAACACCAGCUCACAAGAGGAAGGCUCUGUUCCAGCCGGACCCUCACGCCGACUAGUUGCGGCUACCACGGUUCCAAGCGCCAGCGCAGCCCCCCGGCCCAAGCUUACAAAGCUGAUGUCGGUGGACGACACGUUCACCAAAACUCGAGCACCACCCUUACACAGGGGGGCCUACUCAUCACUUCAGCAGCUCCUGAACGAGGCGCACUGCCAAGCUUUUGCUUCCCGCUUUGCGGAGGAGGACGUUGACUUGACCGUGGUCCUAACACUGGUGGACAAGGACGAUCUCCAGCUACUGCAACAAGGUAAACAACAAGCGAAAACGAGAGAGAGAGAGAGAGAGAGAGAGAGAGAGAGAGAGAGAGAGAGAGAGAGAGAGAGAGAGAGAGAGAGAGAGAGAGACAGCGCGCGCGAGAAAUUGGGAUCAUCAUCAAGCGUCAAACGGCAGCGCCUCUGCUCCGUCCACCAGGGGCGCAGCUGGGAAAGAGCAUGGUCUCAAAGGGCGGUUGUUCUGGGUCCAUUCCUCGCAUACGUCAUGGCUGCCCAACGACAAGCGCUCACUGAGCGUUUGAAAGUCUUUGCCGAGGAGCAUCCUGAUGGCGUGACCAUGGACGCUAUAUUGCGGUCGGUACCUUUACCCGAGGAAGGUAACCCCAAGUUGAUUGGCGCCAAACUGAUUCCCCUGAUUAAGCGACAUAUGCGGCAAUUGGAAGGGACCAAUUUGUUUACGUGGAAACAGACGCUUGCCGAGCGCAAAUCCACAGCGUCCAUGAACCCACCUCCACCCCCGCCUGCGGAGGCACCGGCAUCGGGGGCAAGUGAGUCCAGUCUACCUGACUCUGAUGUGGCCAAGCCUGCCAUUCCCUCCGCUGCCCCACCCGCCCCGCCUUCCGCACCAGCCGCGGAGGUUGCCUCGGGCGUCCGCCCCACUCAGGCGUCAUCUGAUGGUCCCACUUCAAUGCAUGCGGUUCCCGAAUCGAAUGCCAGUGCAACCCUUCAAGCCAGUAGUUCAACACCUGUUCCGGAGCCUGUUGGUCCUGCUGUGGUGCCCGUGAGGCCUCCACAACACGCCCCGCCUGGCCCUCCCCAGUCGCCAAAGUAUGCACCGCCCGAGCCCCCACAAUCGCCAAAGCAUGCACCGCCCAAGCCCCCGCAGUCGCCAAAGCAUGCGCCGCCCGAGCCCCCGCAAUCGCCAAAGCAUGCACCGCCCGAGCCCCCGCAAUCGCCAAAGCAUGCGCCGCCCGAGCCCCCGCAAUCGCCAAAGCAUGCGCCGCCCGAGCCUCCCCAGUCGCCAAAGCACGCCCCGCCUGGCCCCCCCCAGUCGCCAAAGCAUGCACCGCCCGAGCCCCCGCAAUCGCCAAAGCACGCACCACCUAAACCCCCCCAGUCGCCAAAGCAUGCGCCGCCCAAGCCCCCACAGUCGCCGGUGCUCCCGCCUUCAGAGGCAGCCAGCGAUGCGGCCUCCGAGCUCAGCGAUAGUCUUCCCGAGCUCAACGAGAGCCGGCCCCGUAGUGGUGCCAUGGCCACAUCACGGCCGGCGGCCCAGUCUGCCAAUCCCGAAAAGGUGGAGCUCUUGUCUGCCCUCGAGCGUGUUGCCAACGAACAUCCCAAAGGUAUCACCCUCAGCGCCAUUCUAAACAAAGUUGGCGAGCAGAGCCAUCACGACAAGAUGGCUCUAGGGCGUCUACUCACGCCCUUGAUUCAGACUCACAUGGAAUCAACUGAUGGUGGCCAAACCUUUUGCUGGCGCGCUGGGGCCUCGGCUGCCGCCGGCAGCCCCGAUCAAGAUGAAUCUGCCGCUGAUGUGACCAUAGUUGCCCCCUCCACGAGCACCGCAGUGGAGCCACCGACCAUGGGCCAUGAUCCUGAUGCUAGCUUUGUCAGCGUCGCUUCCACUUAUGAUUGGCGCCGUAUACGACAUCAUCAUCGAGCUCGUCGCCAGUUGUAUUUUGAUCAGGAGCAGCGUGAAGCGUUGCGCCAAAAGGCGCUUGAGCAACGCGAUGUCACGGGUGCCGCAGUUCGACGGGGCAGUAAUUUUCUCUCAGUUUCUCAGAUCCAAGGUGGCCCUCCGGGCGAUGAUGAGCGUUUGCCGCUGCCCACGCCACAAUAUGAGCUGACCUUUCUGCGUGCCGUCAUGAGAGGCUGGAUUGAGUCGGUGCAAGAUGCCAUCAAAGAGCAUCCCGAUCUCCUGCUGGCCAAGUCUUCCCACAAUGGGUACACAGCCCUGCACUGGGCCGUGGUGAAGAACCUCCCACAGUUGGUGGUCAUCUUCGUGCAAUAUCCUGAGCAAUGGGUUCAGCUCGUGCAAGCUCGCAGCUUUGGCGGCUACACCCCGUAUCAGCUCGCCUUGGCGCGCAACCGUGCUGAGAUGGCGGAUCACCUCUUGCAAAUUGCCUCAUCUGCUGCAUCCACCAAGUCAUUGCACAUCGAGAAGGCACCUCGCAGCUUGGCCUUGGACGACAGCACGGGGAGCGACCUUUUGCCUCGACUCGGCAGGCGCGAGCAUCGAUACUCCUUUGCACAGGUUUCCACGACGGACGAGCCCUCGCAGCAGACUAUCGAUGGCAAUGCCGACACUGUUCGUGGGCGGGCCACAAGCGUCCUCUCUCGUGUACGAGCAAGCACGCGCAACUUUUUCAAGCGUGACAAGCCGAGUCGUCGCAAACAAGAUGGCGGCCCACCGGACAAUACCGGCGCACGUACUUCAUUUUCCAACCCACAUCAAGAAACACCGCGUCAACGUGCCGUGACCAUGGACACACCUUUGUUGGAACGUCAGCGUGCGAUGGCGGAGCGGAAGACGCCAAACUUGACUCACCAAAAAUAUCACUGUUUUGACUCCCACAAUUGGCAGCAAGAGAGCUCGAUGCGUUUACGCACGCGAUCACAAGAUAAAAUCGUGCUGGAACCCGCGGAGGUCAUACCCUUGGCGCCAGCCAACGGCGACGACGCUGCAUUUGUCGGUCCCGACGGAACCGAGUCAAACACAGAUGAGCAUCAGAUUUCCCACACUCGCGAGGCAGCAGAGACGGACGCGCCCACAGAGAGUGUGGUCGAUGACGGUGAUGUCAGCAUGGGCAGCAGCAUUGGUAGCAGCAUCGAUCACGGUCAAGCGCCUUCCCCUGCCAAGGCGGGGGCGCCUGCGCCGCGCAUGACGCUGGAUGAUCACAAUGACUUUCGUCGAGGCGAUAGCAACUCCUCAGGCGCCAGCCCUGGGUCCUCAUCUGGUGCUUCGGGUCGUGGCCAAUCCAAGCUCUCCAAUGUCCAGACUUCUGGCAGCUCUUCGUCAUUGCGUCGUUCCGACUCGAAUCGUCGUCGCCUGCCCAAGCGUACGACCAAGACCUCGCGCCUCACGCUCAACCUGGAGGGCGUGUCCGAUGAGACGGAUGUAGACCGCCUUGCAGGACCCAAUUCUCACAGCAAAGCCAAAGCCGCGCUAGAGGGCUCGCAUGCCGACUUUGGUUCAGCCUCGUAA